UGUUCUCCUGUUUAGGGCGGUCUUCCAUCGUGUUCAGUGGUAUAAAUGCACGACCGAUACCCUUGAUCUGCCUACCCUCGACCUUCUACCCAACCGCCACAAAAUCCCACUAUGCCGGACUUGACGGUCAUCAACAACCUCGAAGAACCUAUUCAUGUCGCUUUCUUUAUCACGGCCCCUACACAUUGGAAGAACCACCUUCAGCCUAACGAGCGUUGGACAACACACCUCCCCACGCUCCCCCUCUAUUUCCAAGUGAGAUGGGUCAAGAGAACUGACUAUGACCAAGGGACGGCGUAUGUCUCGCGCGAGUUUUCUGAGGGAGAGUCUUGGGAAGCGGGUGCUACGAUUGGGUUGGCUUGCGCUGCCGGAACGGCGUCGGUCAUUACAGGUGCAACGUCCUUGUUGACGGGGUGGGAAGGUGCAGGAAUGGCCAUUGCGGCACCUCUGAUGAUGGCCGCCAGUGCUGGUGGUAAAAGAUAUGCUACGAUGGGGCAAGAUGCCAAAUUAUGUGAGACCAGGGUAUGGGUACCCUGGUUUGAACAUAAGGAGUAUUCUGUGAGAUUGGUUGAUGGCGGUCGAUGUGUCUUGUGGGACGUGAAAGAAAAUAAAGAGGGGUAAAUAGAUCAUAGGGUUUACCGUACCCCUCUUUUCUUUCUUCCACCCACCUACUG